AACAGGGGACGGCUUGUUUUCUGCAUCGAUCCCUCUUUCACUACUUGGGUUUAGGGUUUUGAUAGAUAGGCAAGUGGCCACGACACCGAGCGUCACCGAACCAGUUGUCACCUAAAUACGAAACCUUUAGGCUUCUGUCGCAUUGGGCACAUUUCUCUGUAGAAGGAAAGAAAAAUAUUCAGCUUUCUGUAUCUACCGGAUUUUCGAGUAAUCAGCGAAACGUAAAGCACCAGGUUAAAGACUUUAACAAUGGCAGGAUUUCCAGGUUUUAGUCACCUUGGUCCAAAAAGCAAGAACGUGGUUGUAGCGGGUGGAUUAACGGCUUUUGUUUUUGGGGUAUACUUCUACACAAUGAGGGCUGUUGGUGGCACGGACGAACUUCAGGUGGCCAUUGACAAGUUUGAAGGCCAAAAACAGGUUGAGACCGAUAACAAGGUUCCAUCUAAGGUCUAAUCCUCACCGGCUCGAUAUGCCCCAACUAAACCCGUUGUUCAUCUUUGUCUUCCAAGUUCUUUACUUCACGAGUUUGGCUCGUUUGUUUCCGACAUGAAUUGGUAUCUGUGUUUGAGUCUCAGUCCAAUCCCUAAUACAGUGUUUAAACAAGAGAACGUCUGAUCAGGACAUGGUUUUAAUGUUCUUCACAUUAUUGUGGUAAUUGUCAACUUUAUCAUAAUCUUGUACCUAAA